AUGUAUCUUAGAGUUUAGAGUGAGCGCUUCUAUAAUUCCUCGUAGCCUAUUUACUAACAGAAAAGCAAAAUGCUACCAAAAGUACUUUUAUUUACAUUGAUAUAUUCCAUAUCAGCAGAACCGAACCGGUAUGUUUUGGAAUUCCGAAGACUUGCUUCUGCAAAUUCGGCAGCGAGAAGACAAACUUUUGAUCCUAACUCUAUGAUGUUUGGAGGGGGAGGAGGGGGUAGUACUUCGAGCACCUCCCAGUAUAUGGGAUCGUUUAAUCCCAACCAAAUGAUGAGCAGUAUGGGGAGCGGAAUGAAUAUGUUUAAUCCGGGAUCCCAGACUAACAGCCAACCUUCGUCGCAAACAUCCGGGAGCUCGGCAACAUUUGAUCCCACAAAGCUCAACAAUCAGCUGAGCAGCACGUCAGGGACUUCCACCAGCGGAUUGGGUGGUGGUUUCAAUCCCAACCAGCUGGGUAGCGGAGGAUCAACCCAACAGUCGAGUGGCUCCAGUGGACAACAGGCAGGAAGCACCAGUGGAUCAAGCUCUACAUCGGGGACGUCUGCUUUUGGAGGCAGUUUCAAUCCCAACCAACAAGGUGGUGCUCAGUUUACCAAUCCUAUGUCACAAAUGGGAGGAGGAGGUCAGGCUGGGUCGUCUGCUUCAUUAACGCCGAGUUACAAUCCCAAUAACGGUGCAGUAAACAUGGCAGGGGGAUAUGACCCCAAUGCAGCAAACUCGGGACAGGGAACAGGGGGCAAUGCUCCAACGUUUACUAAUGGGAUGGGCAUGAACGCACAACAGCAGUCCAUAGGAGGGGGAACCAUGCCAAGCGGCAGUGGUACCGCACAGCAGUCAGGAUCCGCUGGCACGAUGACUCAAGGAGGUUCUAGUACUGGAGGUGGGGCGUCGGCGUUUGGAAGUCCGUCUGGAUCGGGAUCUUCAUCUGGAAGUUCUACAGGAACCAGCAGUGCUUCCUCGUUUGGAAGCCCAAGUGGAUCUGGAACGAGUUCAUCUGGAAGUGGCAGCGCCUCCUCUUUCGGUAGUCAAACGGGAUCUUCAACAGGGACCUCUGGGAGCGGUAGUGCUACUUCGUUUGGCAGUCCGACUGGUUCUGCAAGUUCGACACAAGGAGGGGCAAGCUCUUUUGGCUCUCCUACAAGUACACAAGGCGGAUCUAGCAGCUCGGGAAGUGGAUCAGCACAGACUUCCGGUGGUGGGGCCGCGGUGCCGUCGUUUGAUCCCAUCAAAACAAAUGUCGAGACCACACAAUCUGGAUUCAACCCUUUAAGCCCGACGUUAGGAAAAGUUCAAAACUUCAUGGGACCCCAGUCAGGCUCAAGCGGAGGAGUAUUCGAUCCUGGAGCAGUAAACACUCAAAUGGCAGUACAGGGCGCAAGUCUGAACAUGUUUGGAGGUGCUGGUGGAGGCGACCCCAAUAAAAUGGACGCCAGCUCACUAAUGGGUGGAUCCCCUGGGAUGAUGAGUGGUGCCAGUCAGGUUAACGGUGGAGCCAGCGGGGGCAGUACAAGUGGAGGAUCCAACAUGUUUAAUCCCAUGGGAUCAAUGACGGGCGGAUCUUCCGGGGGAUCCGGAGGAGGGACUUCCGGUCCUAUGAACAUGAUGAACACUAUGACGGGAUCGUCAUCUGUCACUGGACGAACGAGCGGUUCCGAUAGUAGCAGUGGGACCGCCUCCAAUCCCAUGAUGCCUGGUGGACUGCCCCCAGGCGGAAAUCCUUUGGAUCCAAUGGGCGCUAUGUCUGGUGGCGGUUCCAUUUCAAAGUUUUCUGGAGGUUCAAAUCUAGUGGAUCCCAAGGGAUUUAUGAAUGGUGGCGGUUUGACAGGAUCCCAGUCAAAUCAAUUCUCUUUGCUGGGAAAACGAGAAAUAACAGGUGGAGUGAAGGAAAACAAAUAUUUGGACCUGUUUUUAUCCCUUCUUAAGGUUCUCGAAACCCUUUCAACAAAAAACUGAUAUUGUGUAUGUAGUGUGAGAAUCAUUAAAAAAAGCUCGGUGAAUCUUAAAAAAGUUCGAAG